CAGGCCGCUCCCCGUUUCCCGGGUAACCGCAGGUUCCGAGGUCGGGCCCAGUCCCCGGGUUCUCCCGACGCCUCCGCCGCUUCCCGCACCGGCCGGCCACCGGGGUCCGGGGUAGGAGCCGGCCGGCCCCGAGAUGUUGAGCAGACUGAGUGCCCUGCUGCAGCAGGCGGUGGAGACGGAGGAAGAGCCCAUUCAGUUGCUGGAGUCCUUCAUAGGUCACUGGAAAGGAAUCACCAAUUAUUACAUUGUGACCACAGAUGAAAACCUUCCAGUGAGGCAGACGGACAUCCCAUGGCGCCUAAGACAGAUGGUGGAUAUACUUGUUUACGAGGAGAAGCAGAGUGGAUCAGGAGAGACAGGACCAUGUAUGGAAUAUUUCCUACAGCACAAAAUACUGGAGACACUCUGUACUCUGGCCAAGGCUGGGUAUCCCCCUGGCAUGAAACAGCAGGUACUGGUCCUCGCCACCAAACUCUUAGGGCAGAUUCAGCAGCCGUUGCUGCCUCACGUCAAUGUGCACCGGCCUGUCCAGAAGUUGAUCUGUUUGUGUGGUGAGGACCCUGCAUCCAGAACAGAAAAAGAGGAAGUACAGUUUCUAACUACAGUCUGCACGAAACUAAAGCAGCAUCCUUAUCUGAUGAACUUCUUCAUAGAGAAGAAGAAAUUUGCUGAUUCCAAAAGAUCAUUGUCAUCUUCCCCUGAGGAGACUGAAAUUCAGCAGCAAGAUGCUGAUUCUGCACAAGCAUCAACAUCGGGUUUGACUCCAGAGGCUAGCUCAUCGCACACUGUCCAACCUCCUGUGGCAUGUAAAAGUCCUGUCUGCCUCAGCCCUGAGGACAGAGGCACCCAGCUGGAGAAGAACCUGCUUCAUGCUGUACUAACUCUGACCUCAAGUCAGGAGAACCGAUUUGCGUUGAAGGCCUGUGAAGGCCUGCUCCUGUUGGUCACGUUACCAGAGGAAGUGGCAGCCCGAUACAUGGUUGAAAGCACAGCAUUAUGUAGUACACUGGCUGACAGGCUGUCAGAUCUCUACAAGCUAAUACCAGAAUCCAUUGACCCAGGACAAGUUGAGUUGCUCGGGAGAGUUAACUGGCGGUCACCUGAUGCUGCCUCUUGUGGAGAAGAUGCAGAAUCAUUUCCAGGAAAACGGGCUGUGGUUGCUUUCUUCUCGUGGCUGGGCUAUUGUGAUCAGCUGGUGGGAGAAGCCCAUAAGGUAACGGCCAGUGCUGUGGCCCAGGAGAUUAGGAAGCGCUUCUUCUUCAGGGUGUUAGAGCCACAACUAUUGCAGGUGUCUGAGAUCGGAAUCCUCUCCUCCACUGCGCUACUAACGGGAAUCAUGGCACACAUCACAUCCCCUCAGUUACUGGAUGAACUGGUUCAUUUUUUGUUGGGAGAUGAAAGACAAGCAGAGGUUCCAGAGGAUUCAGGCUGCCACCUCCUGCGUUCCCAACUGAUAGAUCGCUGCAACCAUCUGUCUGAUGAGAUCAGCAUGGCCAGUCUCAGGUUCUUCGAACAGCUGCUGCAGAAAUCUAAUGAACACAUCAUUUAUAAUCUGGUGCUCCGGAACCUCUGUGACCGUAGAUACCUCGCGCACAACAAUGGACACGAGGAGGGGUCUGCAGACAGCGAACACGUGGAUGAGGAAGAAGAACUGGAAGAUGACCCUUUCUUCACCGAUAUCUACCUAGGGAGCAGAUACCCAGCAGCAGACUGGCUUGUUGCACCAGCAGCAACACAAGUAACUGCAAAGACUAACGGAAAACCAGGGGUCAACAGGAUAGUCCACAGCUUUCUUUGUCUUGUUCCUGAUGCAGUAAAGACAUCACACCUUGUGGCAGGCUCUGGCUAUGACACUUAUCUUGUGGAUGCUCAUCGAUUGUUCCAGGGAUGCUGUGCCAUUGUCAGAGACUGGAAUUGGCCGGGUGCCUGUAGUACCUCGAGAAGCCGUCCGGCUGUGACAUUCUACGAGGGAGACUUGCUGAAGAUGCUGUUUGACAGGAUGGCACAGAUCUUGCACCAGCCUUAUGACCUGAAUUUGCAGAUAACAUCUGUGAUUUCAAAAGUUGCACUCUUCCCUCAGCCUCACCUCCACGAGUAUUUGCUGGACCCGUAUAUUAACCUGGUCCCUGGCUGCAGGUCUCUCUUCUCUGUCAUUGUCCGAGUAAUUGGUGACCUCAUGCAGAGGAUACAGAGAAUCCCACAGUUUGAUGCCAAGUUACUCCUGGUCAGAAGGCAGCUGAUGGGAUUAGAACCUGAAGACAUGGUGGAUCAUGCAACAUUACUGAAAGGAGUGAUUGUCCUGGAGGAAUUUUGCAAGGAGCUGGCUGCAAUAUCAUUUGUCAAAUACUCAUCAGAACCUGACUAAGCGAGACAGGUUGGGAUUGUGGUGCCUUUGACAAGAGACCAUUGAACUGUAUCACUGAAUGAAGUGCAUCUGUUUCCUCUUCGCCGGGGGAUGAACGGUCCGUCCACUAGGUUUUACACUGAGCAGUUGGACUUCUCAUCACUGUGCUUUUUAAAGAUCUAUUCUUCUUUGCCCCUGAGAUUAACAUCCUGAAUUUAACUUGCACCUGCGUGGGUCUGGGUGAGCUGUAUUGUGCUGGGCAUAAGGAAUUGUUACUCAUCUUCCCUCCCUCAGUGGAACUCAGUUCUCACCAAUGCCAAAUGCUGUCUCCUGAGUGAUGCCCAGUGCAGCCCUCACUCCCUAAACAUCCCCUCACUUCUCAAUGUUUCCCAUGCUUUCCUUGCUGCCCUCCCCUUUCUAGAUUCCAUCCCUACACUGUUAUUAGUUGACAAUAUGCCCUGGCCCAAAACACAUAAGGUGUAAGAUUAUGUAAAGUAAUUUGAGUGAAAUGUUUCAACAUUUCCAAGUUGUCUGGGUGUAUAUUAAUGCAAGUUUUAUUUGUCUGUAAAUUAAUUAUAAGGCUCUCAAGCUGUUUGUAGACAGUGUCUGAUACAAGCAGCCUUUUAAUGGGAAUUUCCUGUUACUUAAAAGAAUGUUUCCUCUGA